AUGCUAAAGGCGGUCCAGAUCCUGAACUGGUCAUCAGGGUUAACCAUCAUCACACAAAGACUAACCAAAACCCGUAACUCCUCUUCUCUCAAGCUCUCAACUUUCUCCUCCCCUCCUCGUAGAAUCCUCCCCUUAAACCCGACCCGAAUGUCUUCCUCCCAACCCGGAUCAGACCCACUUCCCAAGUCUCCGGCUUUCGUCUCUGUUCAGUCAUCCGGAGCUGUUCGUAAGAUUAAGUUCUGUCAAUUGUGUGGAGGGACAACGAAGCAUGAGAUACCUGACGGAGAAGAGAAGCUUCGAGCUAUUUGCACACAUUGUGGAAGAAUCGCUUACCAGAAUCCUAAGAUGGUUGUAGGUUGUCUUAUUGAGCAUGAAGGAAAGGUUUUACUUUGCAAACGUAACAUUCAACCUUCGCACGGUCUAUGGACUCUACCUGCUGGUUAUCUAGAGGUUGGAGAGUCAGCUGCGGAAGGAGCAAUGAGGGAGACUUGGGAAGAGGCUGGAGCUACUGUGGAAGUUAUUUCACCUUUUGCUCAACUUGAUAUUCCUCUUAUUGGCCAAACUUAUGUUAUCUUCUUGGCGAGACUGAAGAAUCUUGAUUUUGCGCCUGGUCCUGAGUCAAUAGAGUGUCGUCUUUUCGGACUAGAGGAGAUACCGUUUGAUUCUCUGGCUUUUUCAUCUAUAUAUGUUACCUUAAACUUGUACUUGGAAGAUCUUAAAAAGGGGAAAGUAAAGUUCCACUAUGGUACUAUUAAUAAAAGGCCUGGAAGUAGUCCUUCGGAUAUUCGUGCCUUUACUCUUGAUUACCAUUUGCAGCCAUGAAUCGAGGUUACAGGAGCAGACUCCUUGUGAAGUUGACCGUGUGAGCGACUCCUUGGACAGAUGAGAAAAGAAAAGACAGAAGAUAGUUGUUUCCUUUGUAGAUGUUAUGCCUGAACAAAGUGUUUCUGUUUAUGGUUUCAGUUUGUAAAAGGAUAUCUUUAGAUGUGAAUGCAAAAUAUUUGAUCAAUUUUUGUGUUAAUUAGUCACCAUGUUCUGUUACUAUAAGGUUUUCAGAUAAAG